AACAAAACCCAAAACACAAGUUUGCAACUUUGAUUAGUCAGCAGUUGAUUCUAGGACGGCGACUUGACCUGACACCUGAAAAAUCCUUACCGUGUUUGAUAGUUUUUCGAUAAACCCUUUAAAUUGUUUCAUCUUCUUUAAAUCUUGAGAUUUUACAAAACCUGGCUUGCUCUUGUUUUUGGUUCUUAGGUCACUUGACAAGCUGUUUUACUUUCUGGUUCUGCGUAAUCACAAUCACCGGAAAGACUAAUACUUGAAAUUUGGAAACUUGUGGGAUUUGAUUGAUAAGAGUUGUUAAGAUGGCAAAUGACGCUGCUGCGUGUGCAGAAAGGGCUACAAAUGAUAUGCUGAUUGGUCCAGAUUGGGCUAUUAACAUUGAAUUGUGUGAUAUUAUCAACAUGGAUCCUAGUCAAGCAAAAGAAGCUGUGAAAGUGCUCAAGAAGCGGUUAGGAAGUAAAAACUCUAAAGUCCAGAUUCUUGCACUUUAUGCAUUGGAAACUUUAAGUAAGAAUUGUGGCGAAAAUGUGUACCAGCUUUUCAUUGACCGUGAUAUUUUGAUAGACAUGGUCAAACUAGUGAAGAAAAAGCCGGACCUGAAUGUGAGGGAAAAGAUACUAAGUUUGUUAGACACAUGGCAAGAAGCUUUUGGUGGACGUGGAGGUCGAUACCCACAAUACUACAAUGCCUAUAACGAUCUCAGGUCUGCUGGAAUUGAGUUUCCACCUCGAACGGAAAGCAGUCUGUCGUUCUUUACUCCACCGCAGACUCAGCCAGAUGAUGAUGCUGCUAUUCAGGCGUCGUUGCAAGGAGAUGUUGCUUCUAGCCUCAGCUUGGAAGAGAUUCAAAGCGCUGAGGGAUCAGUUGAUGUUUUGAUGGACAUGCUUGGAGCACUUGAUCCCGGGAAUCCCGAGAGUUUAAAAGAAGAAGUUAUAGUUGACUUAGUUGAGCAAUGUCGUACUUAUCAAAGACGUGUAAUGACUCUUGUGAACACUACAACAGAUGAGGAACUUCUGUGUCAGGGAUUGGCAUUAAACGAUAAUUUGCAGCGUGUUCUUCAGCGUCACGAUGAUAUCGCAAAGGUCAGCUCUGUUCCUUCAAAUGGAAGGAAUACUAGAGCUCCUCCUCCAGUUCAGAUUGCCAACAUCAAUCAUGAUGUUGAAGAUGACGAAUCAGAUGAUGAGUUUGCUCGGCUUGCUCACAGGUCUUCAAGAGAUUUCAGACCACCACCACCACCUACAAUGAGACCAGUACAUGGUAGUGAUUCGGGUAUGGUGGAUUUCCUUAGUGGGGAUGUCUAUAAACCUCAAGGCUCCUCCUCGCAGGGAGUAAAGAAGCCUCCUCAUGCUUCUUCUUCUCCUGUUUUCGAUGAUGCAAGUCCACAAAGCAAAUCCUCUGAGGUAAUUAGGAAUCUUCCACCUCCGCCUUCAAGGCACAACCAGAGGCAACAGUUCUUUGAGCAUCACCACUCGAGUAGCGGCUCAGAUUCCUCUUACGAGGGACUGACCCGGAACCUUGCUUUGACAACUAGUGAACCGAAGAAAGAAGAGAAACCAGAGGAUUUGCUUUUCAAAGACCUGGUUGAGUUCGCCAAAACCAGGUCCUCCAAGCCCAACAAUAGGUCGCUUUGAGUCAUUUGCUUGUGGCUUUACCAUUCAAGUUUUUUUUCAUUUUCUUUACAUGUUUUUUUUUUUGGUUUUCAGAGAGUGAUGAUGAUAUUAGAGUGUGCCUUAUUUGUCAAAUAAUGAGCGAAAAUUUUAGAGAUAGUAUCCGACAAUACCAACAACCAUACGUUUUACUU